GAAGCGGCGCGGGGUGCGGGCGGCAACAUGGCGGGAGGGGGCGCUGAGGGGCGGCUGGCGGGGCAGCCCGCGGUCCCUCCCCGGCGGCUCCUCCUCUGCUCACCUCAGCAUCCCCUGCAUGCCGGCAGUGCCGGGGGCGCUGUGGAGCGGGGCACGGCGCCGCCCGCCAUGGCCGAAGCAGGAGCGAGAAGCGCCGAGGGCGCCGAGGAGGAGCGGCGGGCGGCGGAAGAUAAGUUCUCCGUGGAUGGGAGCCCGUGUGUGGCCUGUGGAGGGCCCAGCCUCAUGAAUCCGGUCUCUAAGGCUGCCACCACCACUCCUUUCAAUGCCGCCGUGCCUGACAUUCCAAGGAAACGCAAGGGAAGUGAUUCUGAUAAACAAGAUGCAGUUGAAGUUGAUGGUGAUCCUCAAAAAAGGAGUGAAGAUGAAGAACAUGUUAAAGUAAAAGAUUUCAGAGAGGCUCACAGUCAAACAGAGAAAAGAAGAAGAGACAAAAUGAAUAAUUUGAUAGAAGAAUUGUCUGCCAUGAUACCACAGUGCAAUCCCAUGGCCCGAAAGCUGGACAAACUCACAGUGCUACGGAUGGCUGUGCAGCACUUGAAGUCUUUAAAAGGUUCCAGUAGCUCCUACUCAGAAGUCCGGUAUAAACCUUCAUUUUUGAAGGAUGAUGAACUGCGACAGUUGAUCCUUAGGGCUGCAGAUGGAUUCCUGUUUGUGAUUGGAUGCAACAGAGGAAAAAUUCUGUUUGUCUCUGAAUCAGUUUGCAAAAUACUUAAUUAUGAUCAGGCCAGUUUAAUUGGACAAAGUUUAUUUGAUUACUUACAUCCAAAAGAUGUUGCAAAAGUUAAGGAGCAACUUUCUUCAUCGGACGUCUCGCCUAGGGAGAAGCUCGUAGAUGGCAAAACUGGCUUGCAAGUGCACACAGAUUUCCAAGCUGGACCAGCUCGGCUGAACUCUGGUGCUCGACGUUCCUUCUUCUGUCGCAUAAAGUGUAGCAGGAUCACAGUCAAAGAGGAGAAGGAGUGUUUGCCGAACCCAAAGAAGAAAGAUCACAGGAAAUACUGCACCAUUCACUGUACUGGGUAUUUGAAGAACUGGCCUCCUAAUGAGGUGGGAGUAGAAGAGGAAAAUGAUGUAGAAAAGGACAGUAGUAACUUUAACUGUCUUGUUGCAAUUGGGAGGUUACACCCUUAUAUUGUUCCACAAAAGAGUGGAGAGAUAAAAGUCAAAGCAACAGAAUUUGUUACACGAUUUGCCAUGGAUGGAAAAUUUGUUUAUGUAGAUCAGCGCGCAACAGCAAUUUUAGGGUAUCUGCCACAAGAGCUUCUAGGAACUUCUUGUUAUGAGUACUGCCAUCAAGAUGAUCACAAUCACCUAGCUCAAAAACACAAAGAAGUGUUGCAGAAUAAAGAAAAAGUAUUUACAAAUUCCUACAAAUUUAGAGCAAAAGAUGGGACUUUUGUUACUUUAAAGAGUCAGUGGUUUAGUUUCAUGAAUCCUUGGACCAAAGAGCUGGAGUACAUUGUAUCAAACAACACUGUGGUAUUAGGUCAUAAGGAAUCAACUGAAGAAGAAGUCCUCUACAGUUCCCAACCUGCAGAAGAUACUGUAAAACAGUCUUUAGUAAGUGUACCUGGAAUGUCCUCUGGAACAGUUCUUGGUGCUGGAAGUAUAGGAACCGAAAUUGCAAAUGAAAUACUAGAAUUACAAAGGUUGCAUUCUUCACCCUCUGGAGAGUUAAGUCCAUCACAUCUCCUCAGAAAGUCACCUUCUCCAGCUUUAACUAUAAACUGCAGUGAUGUGCCAAAUAAAGAGUUGAUUCAAUUAUGUCCUUCAGAAACAGAAGCUCUGGAGAAUUCAGAACAAACCCAGGGUGCUAUUCCAUUUCCCAGUAAUGAACCUCUCCUCAGUGGCAAUUCUCAGCUGGACUUCGAUGCCAUCUGUGAGAACGAUGAUACUGCCAUGACAGCUCUGAUGAAUUACCUGGAGGCUGAUGGAGGCCUGGGAGACCCAGCUGACCUCAGUGAUAUCCAGUGGGCUCUCUAGAGCUGCUUCUGGGAGUAAGGAAUGUCAAAACCCCUCAUGCACUACAACCCUACAUCCUCAGUACUGUAUUGGAGUUUUCUAAUGGUUCCUUUGAAUUCAGACUUGCUGUCUCUGGGUUUUUAAAGACUGGAGCCUUGUUCAGAGAGAGACACCUUGUGCUGCACCUAUGGACAAAUGCAACAUUUUUUUCAUGAUGAGGAAACCUUGAAAUUUUAAUACUGAACCAUCUGUAACUGGAAUGCUUAGAACACAUUAGUAUAUUUUUGCUAAGAAGCUUUAACCAAAAGUUAUUGUACAAUGUACAGGAUUACGUUUUCUUAGUUUUAAUACUUCAAACUUCUAUUUAUUGUUUUUGUUUCAAGUUGCAGAAUAUUGGUUAUCCAUGUUACUUUCUGUAGAAGCUACUGUACUUACAUGGUUUGAGAAUAUUUUAACUAUUACAUUUAAUUGAAAUAACGAUUUGCACACACUAUAGUUGUAAAAUAAGGUACUGUAUUCUCAAAUGAUGCAGUUUGUGAUUCCUUGCACUUCUCAGCAGUGCAAUUUUUGCAGUCAAAGGUGAAAAUGAAGCCUAUAGUUUUGGGAGCAAGGAUUGGGGUAGGAUCACCCUAAUAAACAGAAGAGAAUGUUUUGAGAAAAACACCCAUUUUCCCAGUGCACAAACUUGAGAAGGGUAUAAGAAAAGAGCAACAAACUAUUAGUUACUGUUUUCUAUUAUUUGUAAUGUAUUAUUAGAGAGGCAGUGCAUAGAACCAGAGAAAAAUAAUGCUCUAUUUGUAAUGAAGCACUUUGGUUUUGUCCCAGGUUCUUUACUAACUAGAGAAAUGUGAAUGGAUAGUCUUGGUUCCAGAGUGAGGCUUGCACUGUCUGUUGGUUAAAAAUGUUAAAAUUCUAGAGCAUCUUUUAUGUUUUUGGAGAGAUUGGGAGAAUUUUCUACUGCUUGAGUGUGUGACUUUUUAAAAUCUCUCUGUACUAUAGCUUUGUAAGUAAAUGCUAUGCAGGAUGAUAUUUUGGGAACAGCUUUUGGAUUGUAUCCGUUACAGCAAAUGACUCAAGAACAUGGCACUUUAGAGGUUGCAUUAGAACAACAUAGCACUAAUAUAGCAAGAGGAUGUUUUUAUCUCUGGUAUUGAAGGUUUAAACAAAUUUUUGCAUCAGUUAUAUAUCAUAAAAUUACAGAUUUUUUUCAUGUUUUCUUCAUGUUUAGUUUUUUUUUUUUUUUUUUUUUAAUUCAGGUAAUGAAAGGAAAGCAUUUGAAGAGAUCUGAUACACGUGCAUCUUUUUAAUACAGACAUUUAAAUGUAGGCACAACCCUAACCUCUCUCACUCCAGCACAAGACCUGUGAGGAGCAGAUGAGGGAGUUGGGAAUGCUCAGCCUGGAGAAAAGGAGGCUCAGGGGAGACCUCAGCACUCUACAGCUCCCUGACUGGAGAUUCCAAGUGUUUGUGACCCAACAUCUGUAACCUUGGCACAAUGGAGAGAGAGUCACAUAAUUGAUGGGCUCUUGGGUAACACUGUUAAUGGGUAACCGUGAGGUUUGUCAGGGUGUUCCUGGAAGGUGCUGUAAGGUGAGCAGCAGGACCCUGAACUCUACAACAGCUCAGAUCCACACUGACACAUCUCUGAGGUUCAUGCUGGAGAGGUUUCUGCAGCUAAUUACAUUUUCACCCUCACAGGGGCUAAUUACACAACAUUCCAGAUCAAAUACACAAGACUGAUCAUCUGAAACUGGGCACCCGAAACGGUCCCAAGCGCUGGGGCGGAUUGGUCACUUCUUAAACGACCUUCUGCUUUUUGGGGAGUUGAAACCAGAAACUUCAGGACACAGAAACUUCAGACCAGAAACUUUGCAGCAGAGCCAAGACAGGACAGCAUCUCUUCCAUCAGUUCAGCAGCAGGGCUUUGUCCCAGGACUGAACACGGUGUCACACCGAAGCUCAAGGCCAACAGUUUGCUCUGUUGGGUAUUUAACAAUCAGGAUACUUCAGGCAGCUGAAAGCCAGGACAGCUUUGACAGCCCAGCUAAACAGUUGGUCAGAAGAGCAAACAUUUUCAAGAUAAUGACUCCCGUGGGGCCGGUCCCGGGGCGGGACGGCGGCGGGGGCUGCCCGGAGCCGGCGGAGGUGCGGCCGCCCCGGAGGGCUCUGCGCGGUUCGGCCGCAGACACAUCAAAACAAGAGGAAAGUAUAAUGGUCUGGUCUUCCCUGCCUCAUCUCAGACUGAUCAGUUCUGAAGCAAAAGCAUAGGGAAAACCAGGGAUGAGGAAGCCAGUCCUGAGGAAGAUGGGGAGAUGUGGAAGGAUGGAGACAGCAGCCACCAAAGGCUGGAGAAGGCACAGAGCCAGCCCUUUGCUUCCCAGAGGUGGUGCUUUAGGAAAGUCCCUCCAGCCUGGGAAGGUGCUUUUGGCUCUGGACACAUUCCCAGUCCCUGGGAACAGCAGGACCUGUACUGUCCCUAGCAGGACAGGAAAAAACACUUAACUCAUCCCAUCUUUGCCAACAGCUUUUUUGGUGUUUGAGCAGCCAAACCAAACAGGCUCCAGAACUGCUGGCCCUGGAGCCUGCACUGGAGGGCCCCAGGUCCUGCCCAUGGUGUGGGAUGCUGGACUUGCCUCUGUGGACAUGUGCUGAGCUCUCACUGCAGGCAACUGUCAGGUCUUGAUGGCUAUGAGUUCAUGUACUUCUCACUGGGGAACUGGAAAUAAUUAUUAAUUCAUUGCAGAAGAGUUUUAUCAAACCUUUCCCCUUUCUCCCAUAGUGUGGAACAAGGGCAGAGAGAGUAAGCAGAGGAGCAGCCUCGGGCAGGAGAAAGGCACUGUGGGCAAAGGGACCUCCCUGGUGUCACCAGGGCACCUGUGGGGAACAGAAUGGACACUGUGAGGGCAAAGUGGAGGUAACUCCUGGCAGAGCUGGGGAAUUUUGGGGCCUAAGUUUGAAAUAAUCUAAAGGUUAACAAUGAAUAUUAUUAGUUAAAAAUGAGGUAAUAAGUUGUAGAUAAGUAAGGAAAAUUUUGGGGGUAAAACUUGAGUAAAUCUCUAGGGAGAGAGUGAACACUGACAGACAGAGGCAGUCAAGGAAGUUUUUGAGGGUAUGACUUGGGAAAAUCUGUAGGACAGAGAAUGAACAUAUUAAGGUAGAAAGGAGAUGAUUGGGAGUGGACAUGCAGGGAGAAUUUGGGGGCCAAACCCUGAUAUGUCAGAACAAUAAAUGAUUUUGAGAAAAAUCUGAUGUGAUGUGUAGGGGGCAGAAUGAACAUUUUGGGGAUAAGACAGACGUGACUUGAGUGGGUUUGGUUUUAAAGUCUAGUUAGUGUAUAGGGGACAAAAUGGACAGAUUUUUGGUCAUAAAAUCUGAGUUACCCUGUAGAGGAAAGAAUGCAUAUUUUGAGGUAAAAAGGAGGUAAUCAGAAUUGGGCAGGUAGGGAAAAUAUUGGGGGGGAAAAAAGUGAGGUAGUGUCCAGAGUAGAGAAUGAAUACUUGCUUGUAAAAAAUGAGGGAAGCAGAAGACGACACACAGGGAAAAUCUGGAGGGCAAAUGUUAAUCCCCAGCAAAGAUAAUGAAAACAGAGGUAAUCACUUGUGGACACAUAAUGAAAACUUUGGGUGUAGAAAGUGUUAUUUUCUCCAGGAUGGAGAAUAAAUAUUUUGAGGUGAACAAGAGAGAACUAGUAGUGGACAGGUAGGGAAAAUCUUGGGGGUAAAACUUGAAAUAAUCUGUAGGGCAGAGAAUGAGCAUCUCAAGGGAAAAAUGAGAUAAUCAGUAGCAGACAGAAAAGGGAAAUUUUGGAGUAAACCUUUAGGUAAUCUCUAGGUAAAGAAGAAACAUUUUAAGGUAAAAUGAGUUGAUCAGUAGUGGACAUCAAGGGAGAAUUUGGGGGCAAAAGCUGAGAUAAUGUAUAAGGGUGAGAAGUAUUUUGGAGAAAAAAAUCUGACAUAAUUUGAAGGGGACAGAUGAAGAUUUUGGGGAUAAGACAGAACCUGUGUGUUUUUUGGUUUUAAAAAUCUAGGUAAUAUAUUGGGGAGAAAAUGUACUUUUUGGUCAUAAAACCAGAGCUAACUUGCAGGUGAAAGAAUGCAUAUUUUUGAGGUCAAUGAGGCAGUCAGUAGUGCACAGGAAGGGAGAAUGUUGGGAAAUCCAAGGACAUUUCAAGGUGAGGGAAUGACUGUUUGGAGGCAAACUCGGGACUUGCUUUGUCCUCCUUCCUUGGCAGCAGCUGGCGGGGAAGGGAGAAGAGGUGCCCGUGUGGGACGAGGCUGGAGAGAGCGAGCAGAGGAGCUGCCUCGGGCUCGAGAGGGGCAGGAGAAAGGCAGAGGGACCUCCCUGGUGUCACCAGAGCACCUGUGACAGAAUGGACACUGUGAGGGCAAGUGGAGGUGAGGAGUGGACAGUUUGGGGCAAAAUCUGAGUUCAUCUGCAGGGAAGUAAGUAGGGAUAUUUUGGAGGGGAAAGCUCAGGUGAUAAAUUCACCCAGCUUGGCCCAAGUUGUGUUUGCACAAAGUGGGACCAGAGGUGAAGGUCAAUCCAAAGCCAACCCUGCUCAACCUCUAAAUUCCAGAAUAAAUUCUACAAGCUGCCCAUGGAAGGACUAAAAAUACAUAAAAACAGAACCAAGAGCAUACCAGAAGGUUCCUGGGAAUCCCAUCACAGUGUUGUCACAGCCUUUUUAACCGAUCUUUAAGAUCUGCAUUUCUUUGUUGGGAUCAUUCACUCCAUGGGCUGUGAGGUUUGUUUGGAUUUGAACGGCCUCACAGUGGCCCUGACACUGCUCAGGAGCUGGGAGGAAAAGCAGAGUCAGAGCUCCUGGCAGGGCCAGGGUGUUUUCCUCCAGAGCUGCUGCCCACCAGCCUAGCCAGGAAGGAUCUGCUUGGCUUGUGCAGGGAAAGAAUGUUUUCAGUGAUUCAGAUGAGAUUCCAGCAGCCUUGCUUCCCGGGCAGCCAAGCCGUUCUCCCGCCCAUCUUGCUCCCAAUCCCCGCCCAGCUAAGGGGAAUUUGUCCUGCCAGCAGCAGGGGAAGGACACGAGCUCCCACCCUGGGGCUUGGAUUGUCCCUCUGGGGGAUGCUGGGAUUAACAUCAUUCCAUACAUUUGGCUGUUGAAAUUUCCCAGCCCAGGGGCUUUAGCUGACAGGGCAGCACAAAGAGUGUUCUCUAUGCAGCACCCAGAUUUGGGGUUCAGUAUCAGCUUUGCUGGUUCAGAUGAAUUAUACCCACAGCCCCAGAUUCCCUGCUGAAUUCCUGCUGGAAUAACCUGACAGUGCCUCAUGGAGUCUGGACAUUCCCAUGCAGAGCUGCCACUUGAACAGCAGCUGUGGCAGGAACCAGCAGAGGUUCCAGGACAAGGACAGGUUUAUAUUCCAGAGAAUUUGCUAUUUAUAACCCUCAUCCCCCAGCCCCGUUGAUGUCCCUGGGGGACACUUGACAGAGUUCCCUGGAAUUCAGCUGAUUUCAUCCCCCUGAGUUCAGGCUCCAGUUGAUGUUUUAGAGCAGGAGAAGGCGGUGGCCGGACGUGCUCCUGGCCCAUGCUGAGGCAGACCCUGUGCCCAGGGGAGGACAUCUUUCCCUGCAGAAGCUGAGUCCAUUUCAGAGCCCCAGGAAGUCCUUUUCCCUCAGGAAAGGGAUGCACAUCCCUGUUUUCAGCACACCUCCAGUGGGACCCACCUGUGAAAGCUUUCCAUCAGUUCUGUGGUUCCAGCUGAUUCCCUGAAAAACUCCAAACUUAAUGCAGACAAAACUUCA